AUGUUCAUAAUUUCUAUUUACUCACAGAUUGUGUAUGAGCCAGAUAGAAACGUGCUGCGAAGGAAAGAAUGGGAAAGGAGAAAUCAGGAGGCCCAGCAGGACAAUGGCGCAUUUAACACAAGCUAUUCCCUCUUCAGUGAACCCUACAAGACGAACAAGGGGGAUGAGCUUUCCAAUCGCAUCCAGAAUACGUUGGGCAACUAUGAUGAAAUGAAAGACUUGUUAACUGACCGGUCAAACCAGAGCCAUCUCGUUGGGGUUCCGAAACCUGGGGUUCCUCAGACAUCCCUCCCCAAGACUGAUGAACAUCUUAUCGCAGACUCGAGACCACCACCUCCUCCUCCGAUUUCCAGCACUACUUCUUCCACACCAGCAUCCCUAGCUGCCCAGCAGAGCAAAAGUACCACGAUGGGCUGGCAGAAGGCUGGGCAUAAUGCCGCUUCAGAUGGCCAGCAGAGAGCAAGCAAACACGGACACCGGUCGCUGGAGUCACACAAGGGUGACUUCAAACUGGCGAACCAAAAAUCCAAUUUGGAGAAACUAAAACGCUAUGCAUCGAGUCCCACCUCCUCUUCUUCUUCCUCCUCUUCUUCCUCCUCUUCCACCUCCUCUUCCACCUCCUCUUCCACCUCCUCUUCCUCCUCCUCCUCCUCCAAUACUGCCCAGCAAAGCUCGCUGAGGUCCACAUUAGGAGACAACAUCAACAGAGGCCAGCAGCCAGCAAAGCUCAGUUGUAGCUCAGAAGGAGGAACUCAAGUCCAAGAGAGACCAGCAAAGCACGGUGGGGGACACUGUGUCCAAAACUUCCCACCUUCUCUUGCUUCAAAGCCCAGUCUGGGUCAGCAGAAGCCAACAGCUUAUGUGAGGCCAAUGGACGGUCAAGACCAGGCUCCUGAUGAGUCUCCAAAGCUGAAGUUACCAGCAGAGACGACCAAGACAUAUCGGGGAGUGCCUUCCAGCAAGCCUGAUUCAGCCAGGACCAAGUCAAAGAUCGCCAAGUUCAGCAUUCCUAAGCAAGCAGAAGACAGUGGAACAGGAGAUAACAGCUGCAUUGAAGAAAUAUUGCGGGAGAUGACCCAUUCAUGGCCUCCGCCGCUGUCAGCUAUUCACACACCAGGAAAGGCAGAGCAAAGCAAGUUUCCCUUUCCAAACAAGGAGUCACAACAGGGAUCCACAGGACACAGCAAUACAAGGAAAAGUGAUGUAGAGCCAAAGACCCCAGAGAAAAGCGCAACCCAUACAUCAAUGCUAGAAGAUGACCUCAAGUUAAGCAGUGAUGAGGAGGAGAAUGACCAGCAGGCAGCACAGAGAUCUGCUCUCCGCGUUCUAUCUGACAGCCUGGUGGUGCCGCAGUCCAAUGCCCGCGCCUCGGGGCUCUCCAGCAAGGGGUCGAGCAGCAGUAGCUCCAGUGAAUCCGAGACCAGCUCAGAGUCUGACUCAGAGAGUGAAAGCAGCUCCAGCGAGAGUGACGGCAGCAAGCCCUCACAUUACUCCAGCCCAGAGCCUGAGCCGCCCUCGUCCAACAAGUGGCAGCUGGACAAGUGGCUGAACAAAGUUACCCCUCACAAAGCGCCCAUCCUAACCCACCACGAUGGCCCGGCGCUGGAAGCCCAUCCCUACUACGGCCGGGUGAAGGCAGAGCGGCAGGAAGGACAGAAGACCCCGGCUGAGGGCCCGGCCGAGCACCGCAGUGAGGAGAGCCGCACCGCCGCCGCCGCCGCCGCCGCCGGGGACGGGCCGCGGCCUAGGACCGCCAACAAAGCACCAGGCAGCAAGGGCAGCCGGCAGGAGUUCAUCGAGACCGAGUCUUCAUCCUCAUCAUCCUCCUCCGACUCAGGCUCUGAGUCGGAGCGGGAGGAGCGCCCGCUGCCCAAGGCGCCAGCGGCCGCCGGGCCUGAGCCGCGGGCUGCCAAGGACGCGGGGACCGGCACCGCCAGCAAACCCCACGGCGGCUGCAGUGCCUUUGGCUCUAUUAAUGCCAGGACUAGUAGUGAAAUAGCAAAGGAACUGGAGGAACAGUUUUACACCCUGGUUCCUUUCGGUAGGAAUGAGCUCCUGUCUCCUCUGAAAGACAGUGAUGAGGUAAAGUCGCUGUGGGUCAACAUUGACUUGGCUCUUUUGUCCAGGAUUCCAGAGCGUUUGCCCGAAGAACCGCUGGCCAUGAGCGCCGGAGCAAACCAGGCGGCCAGCUUCCCGCAGGGUAGUAGUGCUGAACCCCCCGCAGAGAAGGGUUUACCGAAAUCUAGAAGGAAACGCAAGUGUGAGAAUGAGGAAGAGUGCAGAGACAUCAAGAAGACUCACUUAGAGCGAGAGAGUUCUUCACGAUUAGCUGCCUCUGCCCAAAGCAUCACAACAGCAAAUCACUGCAAUAUGAAUGAAAAUAGCUUGGCAAUACCAAUAAAUAAAAAUGAGAAAAUGCUUCGGUCACCCGUCUCUCCCCUCUCUGAUGCAUCAAAACACAAAUAUUCCAGCGAUGAUUUAACUUCCUCCAGCAGACCUAAUGGCAGCAGUCUAUUACCUUCAAUCUCCUCCAGCAAAAAACAUAAGGGUGAAAUCCAGUCGCAGCCACAUCCUGGAGACUUCAAUAAAGCAGUUCACAUCAAUUCAGAAAAUGUUCUUCUCUGCAAUAAGCCACAGUUCCAAACAGAGCCUUGGUCACCUCUGUCCACCACACCAAGGGACUGCAGAAGAACAAAGCUUAUCUUCGAUGAUAUACCACGCAAUGCAGAUUACUUUAUGCAGGAAGCUAAACGGAAGAAGCAUAAAGCAGAUGCAAUGGUGGAGAAGUUUGGAAAGGCACUGAAUUAUGCAGAAGCAGCACUAUCGUUUAUUGAGUGUGGAAAUGCAAUGGAACAAGGCCCAAUGGAAUCUAAAUCCCCUUAUACCAUGUAUUCAGAAACAGUUGAACUCAUCAGGUAUGCUGUGAGACUAAAAACCCACUCAGGCCCCAAUGCCACGCCAGAAGACAAACAGCUGGCAGCAUUAUGUUACCGCUGCCUGGCCCUUCUGUACUGGAGGAUGUUCCGACUCAAGAGAGACCACGCGGUCAAGUAUUCUAAAGCGCUUAUUGAGUAUUUCAAGAAUUCAUCAAAAGCUGCCCAGAAUCCUUCUCCUUGGGGUGCCAGUGGAAAGAGCACAGGAACUCCAUCACCUAUGUCCCCAAGCCCUUCUCCAGUCAGUUCCGUAGGAUCCCAGGGGAGCACGGGGGCCCCUUCCCCAUCUCCUAUCAUCAGCAUCCCGCAGCGCAUUCAUCAGAUGGCUGCCAACCAUGUUAGCAUCACCAACAGCAUCCUGCACAGCUAUGACUACUGGGAGAUGGCUGACAACCUGGCCAAGGAAAACAGAGAUUUUUUUAAUGACUUGGAUGCAUUGAUGGGACCUAUCACCUUGCACAGCAGUAUGGAGCAUUUAGUUCAGUACACUCAACAAGGACUUCACUGGGUGCGGAACAGCGCUCACUUGUCAUAAUGACUGUGUGCCAUUCACAUGGACAGUAUCUCUUUCAUGGAUAAUUCAGUUAUUCUGGACACUGUGCUACAGAAAUAGUCAGCUACAGCAUUGAUCCAAACAAAGGUGAAUAUUUCUUCAAUAUUGAGCAAAAUUCUUCUGACUGUAGACAUAUAUGUGUGCAGAGGUACAAUAUACAAUGAUGUCUCUUCAGAAUGAAUUGUUCUGUAUCACUCUCCAAACAUUUUCAUAUGCUAGAAAUACUAUAAAGAACUGAUCUUAAUGCACAAACAUACCCUUUCUAUUCUUGUACUGAAAAACUCAGAAACCAAAAUCUUAUGGGUUGAUUGAACCAAGUGCAAUAAGCACAGAUCCCUAUUCAGGAAAGCUCACAAUAGAUUCUUAACUUUAAGCUUGUACUGAAAUCCUGAUGACUUCAGCAGAGCUUAAGCACAUACACAAGGGCUUUCCUGAACUGGAAUGAAUGAAGGCAAAUCGUAGACAUGGAGAAUUUUUACUGCGAGCAUGGACACAUCACAGAAGUUCCCAUAUUAAUGUGCCAUCUCCCUGUUACUUCUCCACUGGAGCACAGAGAGGAGUUGUGUAGUCCGCAUUAAGUCGGAGAAAGACAGCAUUCCUUCAUGUGCAAUAAGUUUCAACAAAAUGCAUGCAUUUCUUUAUCUCCUGUCUUUUUAAAUAACUUCACGUCUUGUUCAGCUCCUCACCAACAGUGCAACCUACAGUACCAAGCAAAAGGAAGGCCUGAAAACAGAUAUGCUGAUAGCAGGAACUUAAAAGAGAUGGUGAAAAAUUUCAUUCUGUUACUGACAGUAAAUAGAUAAGGAAAAAAUGCAGCAAACAGUAAUCCACUUAGGAAGGAAAAUGUGUUAAUUUUGGCUGCACACACACACAGACAGAUAUUUAUAACAGUUGUUGGCUUUGCAUGGGAAUGCUUCAUUCCACAGAUUUUGACCUUCAAUCUUUUUCAUCUACCAGAAGCUUGCAACAUUUUCUUCCAGGCUGUAUGGGAGCAUUACAUGCAAUUUCCUUUAUCUGGGAAGCCGAGUUUGCUGCUCAUCAGGCUAAGAACUGUUUCCUAUCAUAAUCCUCUCACUCUUCAUGCAUAAUCCUCAACUAGGCUUUAACGUUUCUUGAUUUAUGGGAUGUUUUCAGUUCCUGUUGACAGGCUGUGUUUUUCAUGCCAGAAGAAUUAAUCCCACAAUAAUUGGAGUUUAAUUUGGGUCAGAUAAGGUCAAGGCCAGUUUGUAUCAACUGUGCAUGCACUCAGUGCAUUUUUGUUCAUAUUCAGUGGUUUUCACAUAUUUAGAGGGGGUUUUUUCCCCUGUAUUGGAAAUAUUUAAUUUUUUUGCAAUCAGAUUUGCUGCCUUUACUCAGAUCAGCAGCUCUGGUGACUUUCAGUGGACUGUUCUUGUCCAGGUCAUUAGUUGAACCCUUUUGCUGUUAUUUUCUAAUCUAAUUUGCUUAUAUGUUAAGAAAAUGUGAGUAUAAAAGACACUUUCCUUGGAAGAUACAUUAGAAGUAGCCACUGAUACAAACCGUUGAUUCAUUUGUUCUUGCUGCCUUUUUUUUUCCGUCCCACAUUUUUGAAGAGAUGCAUUGUGAAGAAAAGAUACCAAACAAUAUGGCACAAUUUCUCAGUCAAAUGUCUUUCGUAGCACAGACUCCAUGUACCCUGAGGUAAAGAGUGGGCUUAUGAGCACACUGAGCCCCACACAGCUGUGUUUUUCUGCCAAGGCUGCUCACCGUAACUCCAGCUAUUGCUCAGUCUCAGAGCAUUCACUGUGUUCUCUGAAGCAGCCACCAAGGAACUGCUCAGCCCCAAGCCAUCCUGGGCCAGUAUUUCUGUGCCCAUCGGUGCUCAGAUAGUUUCCCCCAAGAGAAUCCCAGUGGCUUUGGUCACCUCUUAGCAUGGAUUGAGUGUUACAAUGUGGCUGACUUUAGGAGAGAACAUGUACUUGCCUUUAAGUGACAAAAUAGGUGACCUCUGAGUCCUGCCAUCACCCUUAGCCCUGACUGUCACCCACCCCAGAAGGAACACAAUUUGUUUCGUCACAAGUAUCCUGGAGAACUUGAUCGGUGCCUUUCUGUUUAUCACUUCUCUGGUCUCCAGCUGUGGAAAUCUGUCAGGAUUUGCUAGACUAGUAGCAACAGAUUCUGUCAGCUGCUUCAAUGCCAUCCACAGGUACUGCGGGAUUUCUCUUCAGAUCAGGAAAGUGAAACUCCAGCUAGAUUAGCUUCUGUUUUCUUUGACGGUGCCUAUGACGUUUAUCUUCAGAUAAGUUUAGGGGGUUGGGAGCCCUUUCUGAUAUUUAAUGUUGAGAAAUUUUAGCAGUAACAUAUAUUACUUGCCUUAAAUGGAGUUUAGUUUUAUUGCACAUGUGGCAUUUGAGUUUCAAAUACGGAACUUUGAAGCAUGUUUAUUUUACUAAGAUCGGGAUAUUUUUCUUAAUCAUGAUAAACUCUUCGUAUGGAUAUAUGUCAAGAAACUUCAAAGAAAUGCAAGAAUUAAUGGUGUUCUGUUGUAAUAUUUCCAAGUACUAAGCAUCUCUGUAGAUGAUUGUCCUUUCCUGUACAUUGCUCUUAUACUGAGUAAUUUCAGCUAAAAUACCUACUGCUUCCAUGGAAAUCUGGUUUUUAGUUUUUGUGCUGGCAUCAUCUGUGUUGUUUGAUGAGCACACUGAGCCUUAAUUUCUGGUGGUGCAACAGGAUGAGUGAAUUAGAGGGUUUGGCCUUCUCUCCAUAGGGUUUCUUGCAGCUAUACUAUUUUAGUGAGGUUAUUUAGAAUACUCUUUUGUGCAGGCUAUUUGCUUUAUAGGGUUGCUGCUGACUGGAUGACUGAAUGUGGCAUGGCGAUAACAAAUACUUAAUUUCAUCUUCUUAGGGCCUUGUCUGCAAAAGUGCAUGUGACUUUAGGUCUGGUCCAGUUAAGCACAUACACCACUUUAAGAACCUGAAUAGUCUCAGGCAUAUCGCACUAUGAGUCAAAGAUGCUCGGUGUCUUUUGGGUGGGACCAGAGGAGACUGUCCUUCUUUGCAGUUCCAUGAAAGACACUGAUUUAUUCUAAUCUGCUGUAAAAGUCCAGGAACAUGCAAGCUUCUUUAGCCAUAGCAACAUUCAGAUUCAAGUUUUGGAAAGUAAAGAGUCAUUCUGUACAAACCCAGAAGGAUUAUGCCUGGAGGAAGAUGUUUGCUUACAAACAGGGGCUUCUGAAUCAUAAGAGUUGAUACAGCAAUGGGAGUGGAUUCAAAGGAGCUGUGUAUUGCAGGUGGACUUGACAAGUCCAGAAUGGCCUAUAGGAUCCUCACAAACAGUAAGAUCAUUCAGAGCCCUUGGCCUUAAUCCUUUGUAGUAUGGGAUGGUGGCAUGAGUGUCAGGUAAGAACAAAGUAUAUGCAGAGGUUCAAGUGUGGUCAAAAGCCAGGCAUAGUCCUUCCUGUCAUAUGGCAGGAUACCCAAACCCCGUGUUUGCCUAUUUCUUUUGCCCAAGUAACACAGAGCUCCAAAGGAAGAGAUUAUAGUGAACAGAAGACCUUAGGUAAAGGAGGUUAAGAGGAUCAAGCCCCAAGUGUAGAUACAAACACAUAUGUAUAUACUGUAAAUCUAAAUAGUAAUUAAAGUCACUCAGCAUGAAGGAUAUUACUAGUGCCUACCAUUGAUCAUCAAGUACUCAUCACCGAGCAGCCAUAUCACCUCAGAAGUGCAGUAGCUGUUGUCAAAAUAAUUUGUGUAGCUAAUUAAUUUAUAUUAAAUGCACCUUUGGGACUGUGCCAUAGUAUCUCUUAUAAUACAAAUGUUCAACCAUUUUUCACGGCUACUGAUUCAAAUCUGAAAUGUCAGGAUAUCUUUUCUUCCCCAGAUGAGGACAUACACUUAGACCUGGCUAAUCUGUACUUAGUUUAUUUACCCAUGAGACUUUAGUAGUCACCAGCCUUAACGCAUGUACAGUAUAUGCUAUUCACUGACUUAGUUGUAGGUUUUAAUCCAAUUGAAGUUGGAAUUUGCAAAAUUACUUGGAUUAAUGGCAUCUGCCUAGAUAUCCUGCAGAUGUGACAUUAAAUGAUUCAUAAUUUUAAGCAGGAAAGUUUGAAUUUUAUGUAAAUAAAAGUGGAUGAAUUCCUUGAUCUUUUUACAAGAUGAUUUUUUAAAAAUGAAAAGAUGGUCAAAGCAAUAGGUUUUUUUAACUCUCCUAAAUUUUUGGCAGGUCAUGGGUUCAUGGUAAAAGCUAUAUUAAGAGCAUCUCCUUCUGCAGUAUGCCUUGUCUUUACAUAAUCCUCUUAAUGCUUAAUAUGUCAGAAAGAAAUGUUUCUUGUUCGCAGCGAUGGCAACGUCUCCCUCCCCCAUUCAGGGAGAAUCCUCAAACUAAAGAAUAAAAUCUCCUGGCACAACAGAAAUACAAACAAUGCCUGAAGUAUACAGACUUGUUAAGGUAGUAACAAGAGUCUGUCUGACACACACCUAACAUGCCUCUCAUUUUGUAAUCUUUUUGUUAUCAUAUAUUUGACCUCACUGUAUUUAAAACUAAAGAAUUAGUCUAAUUUUGAUAUCUUAAAAAUGCCUAGUUGG